AUGAAACAAAAGAGAGGCGGGAAAUUUUUGUUUGAAGGAAAAUUUUCAUGGAUAAAAUUUGGAAUUUUUGAAGAGAAUGAUAGAGAAGAAUCAAAAGAGCAGUCCAUUCUGAUGGAAAAUGAAGAUAUUUUUCAUUCUACCUCCGAGCUAGAAGUGGAGGAGAUUCAUGAUUCUCCCACAGCUUGUGUGGCUGAUAAGCAUGAUUUUCAGAAAGCAAAUGAAUCGAAAUCUACUCGAGACGAUGAUGAGGAUGAUCUUUAUGAUGAUGUAGAGUUUUUAAAAGAAAUUGACUUUACGGGGAUCAGUGACGACAUUCCAACAAACAUAGAAUUUGAUCUUGGUGAUGAAAAUUUUGGUUCUUUUCCUGGAAUUCCCAGCAGUCGUGUUACUAAAGUCGAUGAAGUUUCUUCUUCAGCAACCAAGACUAGAGAUAAAGGAAAUGUUCUCAAGAUUCUGCUCUCUACUUCAAAGCCCUUGGAGGUUGCAUCAAGCUAA